GGAUCAUACAGCGAGUUCUCGGGGAUGCUCAAUUUCGCUUGGUGCAGCUAUAACCAGGUUUGCUUAAGUUAGCUCAUGAGUACAUCAAGGCAUCUUUGAUUUGUGAUAUUGUUUUUGAUAGCUCGGCUUUAAUGGUAAGCUGAUCAGCCUUAUAUAUAGCUUCAAUCCCAAAGUAAUUUUUUUUUUUUUAAUUUCAUCUAUAUUAAGUUAACUAUCAAUUGAAUGCAACUUGAGUAAUUAUUUUGCAUUGGUCAUUGACUUCAACUCUUAACAGGUCAUCAUCAAAUAAAUAAACAAUAGCUGGAGGAAAGGACGAAAGCAGCUUUAAUCCAGUGAAAGAUGAUUCUGGUGUUCAAUUUUGCUCCCAGCAGGAGGGGUGUCCCAAUAUGUUGCUAUUUGUAUGGCAAUUCACCAAUUCGAGGGUCAGACAAGAGAAGAGUAGCAUAUGGACUUCCUUUUUGCAGCUUAUGCAUAGCUGAAAAUGCAAACCGCAGGAUAUCAAUUCUCACCAAGGUGUGUUCCUUCAUAUUUGACUUCUGCCUUCUGGUUGCUCAUAAGUUUCCCAUGAUCACUACUGAUGUUACUUCAAAAGCAUUGAUAUGGAGUUUUCACAACUCGUUUUUCAGAUAAAUGGGUGGAUGGCAACAACUAGAGUGCUUCUCCUCAGAACAGACUACAGACAGAAGCAUCUUUGUUCUUCAACAUCAGUAAUGCCACAGAUUCACUAGCCACAACAAACUCAAAGGAUUACAGGGAAACAGAUCACUCCUUGCCAAUUGCCAUGUCCUGCUGCAGUCUUAGUCAUGAACACUGGACAGUCUCUUUUGGUCAUGUCCACAUUGAAGUACUUUUGAAUUAUGGAUACUGAUCCUUUGAAUGAGAUUAAGGUGCUAAUUACCAUGCUUUCUUAUAGACCAAGUAAGUGGGAGUCCCAGACUCUGAAUUCAAUAAUUUCUUGUUGCAACACUGAUAUUAAAGAAUAUUGAAGUUCGUAGUUGAUUCCCUUUUAAAGAAUAGAAUAUUGAAGCUUUA